UUUAUGUGGGCUUUGCUUACUUCUUGUUUUGCUUGCUUUUUUUGCUUUAACCUAAGAGGAAUAAGUGAACGCUACUACCGAUUAAUCGGAAAGUAUGCUAGAUGGCGGUAUUGUACUUUAACGAUAGUUGCGAGUCACCAAUACAAGUCAGAAGAAGAUUUUAGUGCAAAAAAUGGGAAAACGAAGGCUGUUUAACGACGCUAAGUUAAAUAUUACUGAAGGCGCACUAACUAGCGAAAUUUGCCUGGAUUUCCAGCAGUAACGAAAUUCAUAAGACAGGCGAAUAUUUGACAAGUUCAGAUUCCACUACUAGACGCUUUAUCCUUUUGGUCUUAGCGGGCACAAUGGAUAAGGCGUUGAGCAGCGGUAGCGCGCCCCUCGGCCCGGUUGUCCAAGUGUGUUUUCCCAACGUGCGAGCAUCAGUGUUGGACAACCUGAAUAGGCAGCGAGAGGAAGGCCGGCUAUGCGAUUUGUCCAUCCAGGUUCAGGGCCAGGUGUUCAGGGCUCACCGCUGCGUGCUGGCUGCCUCCUCGCCUUAUUUUCACGAUCAGGUUCUGCUGAAGAAUGUAACCACGGUGUCUCUGCCUUCAGUCAUGGACCCUCUGGCGUUCGAGAGUGUCCUAAACUCUGCCUACACAGGUCAGCUGAGCAUCGUACGUGAUGACAUCGUCAACUAUGUCACAGUGGCCAGCUUCCUGCAGAUGUGGCACAUCGUGGACAAGUGCACAGACAUCCUGAAGAGGUCACGACCUUUGGCCCAGGUCAGCCCCGGUGAGGCCAGCUCCUCCAGGCACCAGUCUCCCAGCAGUUCGGACUGUUGCCUGACUGACCCGGAGGAACGGGGCCAAGGCGAGCGCAGCCUUCCCCCAGACAGGAAGCCUGUUGUGGAUCACAGCACCCUGCCGCCUCUGGCCACCUGGAGGAGACCCCAGCAACUGCAGCAGCAGGGGAGGUGGGGCAGAUCCAGGCUUGCCCCCCCCCCUCAGCACAGAGCUGAUUCUCCCCUGGCUCACCGCAGCCCCUCUGGGGAGGGAGAACAGCCCUCCAGCCCUGAGGGGCUCUGGAUGACCAAUGAGAGAGCAAAUGAGAGACACAGAGUCCGUGCUCGCCUCAGAGGGGCGCAGGAGAGCAGGGAGCGAGGGAUGAGGGGGGAGGAGGAGCAGGAGGAGGAGGAGAGGCGGCGAGGGGAGAGGUGGAUGGAGGCAGAUGAAGGAGUGGGGGAGGAGUUGGAGGAAGAGAGAGUGAAGGUGGAGUUAGACGAGCGUGGGGCUGGAGACUGUGGCUCAGGUGCAACUCUCAAAGAGGAGGGAGAGAGAGAGAGAGGGGGAGAGAGUGCAGAGAGAGAGAGGGAGCAGGAGGAAGGGUUUCUCUCAGCUCAGUCUCGCACGGAUGAUGCGUCGGAAGUGCAGGCCACUGCACCUUGUCCUCUCCCAGGGCCCUCCGCACGCGCUCACUGGCAGCCCACAACCGAUUGGUCGGCGGGUCCGUACGCUCAGCCAGGUGGCAGGUUGCUGGAGGACCAUUCGAGAAUGAAGGACGGCGAGGAUGACGCGGAGGACGAAAUGGACUUCAGCCGCUUUGCGGAGGCAGGCUUCGAGGGAGAGACGUAUGACGAGAUUGAGGAGGGCACGGGACAAGUUUCCCAGAGGCCUUUGCUGCCCAUGUCGCCUAGUGGCGGCACUGGCGGAGGGGAAUUUGUUCUGGGGCCCUCGGAACUCACCUGGACGUCGGGGGGGCUCUCCCCCCCGUCACACGCCUCCUCUCUCCCUCCUUCCUCCUCUCCCAUCCCUUCCUCGUCCUCGCCACCUGCAAUGGCAGGAGCGCCCUACUCGGGCAAAGUUCACUUCUGCCACUGUGGGAAGGCCUUCACACUGAAGAGCAUGCGCGACCGUCAUGUCAAAAUGCAGCACCUGAACCUGCGGCCCUUCGCCUGCCCUGUCUGCGCCAAGAGCUUCAAGAUGAAGCACCAUCUGACCAAGCACGUGAAGACGCAUGGCGGCCUCCGGCCAUAUGAGUGCGCACUCUGCGGCAAGAAGAUCGUGUGGAGGGACAGCUACCUCAAACACCAGGCACGGUGCCAACGACUUGCUUCCAGGGCAGCCGCCGCCGGACCCCAUGCAGAUGGCCUCACCAAUGGCAAGGAUGCGGAUGCGGGGCAGGAGGAGGCAGGGUUUGAGUACACCGUUUACCUCAGUGAGGGACGAAGUCAGGUGAAAGUAGAGGAGGGGGAGGGGCAGGCAGGGGUAGGCUGUAUGGAGGGGUUAAUGGGGAGAGUUUCAGGGCGGGACAGAGCUCUAAUGGAGCAGGUUCUGAAGGAGGAGGAUGGGGGAAGGUACACGUGAGAAAGAAAUUGGAUGCCUGUUCUUAUUAAAACUUCUGCUUUUGUGCUGAUCCAAGAUCAGUGUUCAUCAUUCAUGUCCUAGUGUAGAGUAAACUCACUCACCAGAGUUCAGCUUUUCAAGUUAUCUGAUUCUCAGAUUCUAGAGUGGAUUUCGGGGCUUGAUCCAAUCGUGAAGUCACAGUCUAACUGGACAGAUGAAAACAGAAAAUGGCCGUAGGAAUCUAUUUUUCCUCCAAAAAACACAGCAUUGUAAAACUGUUAGUAAAACUGUUGUAAAACUGUUAAAGGCAAUGUUUAACUUUCUGUGGAGUGACUGCAAAUAUGACACGUGAUCACAUUUUCAGUCACAAGAGACAACACAUCCCUUUAGGAUGAUAUUCGAUUUUGUAAAAUUCAGGAUGCUUUUGGUGUGGGGGAUGUUAUUUGAAUAAAGCCAUGUAAAUGAGCUGUAUACAUAUACAGGUAAAUAGUUUUUGUCUGGCUUUGUGAGGCUAGUCAAUUGAGAGAGAGCAAGCAUUGGUUCUAGAUUGGUACUUUCACUCAUAUACUUUACAUAUAUAUAUUUGAGUGAUGCGCUUGUGACUGCUGUCAGACAGUUGAUUGAUGCUGCUGCUCUCCAUCAAUAAGGUUGUUUACAGUGGAAAUGGAACAGUUGUGCGUGUGCCAUUUCUGCUCAGUGUUUUUAAAGGCAGUGUUAAAUGUACCCCACAGUGCAUUAUUAUGAAAUGUUGCUUUUCUUUAAGAGGGUAGGAUAUUUUUGUUUGAUUUUAAUACAGAAUUUGAAAAACUCGGAUUUGCAACUUCAAAUCCACAUAAACCACAAAAACAAACAUCUAACAAAUUAAUUAAAUGUGUUAGCUUUGAGUAACUGCAUGGGAAAGAGAAUGUCAUGCAGUGUCACACUUGGAUGUACAGGGGUGUAAGAGAAAGUGCUUUAAUUAUAUUUAAUAGACAGUGUAAAAGGGCCUCAAAACAUGGACCAUGCUUAAUGUAGCUAGCUAUAUAUGCAGUUUCUAUGCUUUCCCCUUCUUUGUGUAUGUGCUUUCUGACACCAUGCUAAAUGUGCAUUAUUUGUAUGAUAUCUGAAUAAAGUGAUAUCUCUGAAUAAAGGUGUGUGUGAAA